CAUUUAUCACAUUACAUUACUCAUCGAAAUAUUCAUGAUACUUCGGCUAUAAAUUGACCACAAAUAUUUUAGAAGACGCGACGGAUUAUUACAGUUAUGAGUAUAAUGGUUCAACUUUUUAAUCUUUGUCUACAAAACUUGAAGGAUCAUAUAGGAGGUUUAGAAAUUUGAAUAGAAAUCUAUCGAACUAUUUGAAGACUGAUUAUAGACAGAUAAAAGGACAUACGCUGCAGAAAAAUGGGUUCAUCAAGACAACAAGAUCGAUCUUUAAAUGCAGGUAUAUCUCUUCCACGAUGGAUUAAAGGAAAAGUAGACAACAGGUUUGACUUUGACGAAGGUACAUUCAGUCCACCAUCUCAUGACGAAGGUUUCUUCUGCAUUCAAUAUCCAAAAUCACAAAUUUCUACUAACACCACUUAUAAUGAAAGUACAAUUACCGCCUCUGCAAAUCAAAUUGUAUCCACUAAGCAAACCCAUUCGCAGUUCAAAGAAGUGAAAAAUAUUGAUUUUAGUCAGCAUCCGCUACCUUGUCAACCAUUUAUACCGAAUGCACUCAAUAAAAUAAGCAAAACAUUAACUGGAAACGUAAAACCAGCUAAAUCUCAAGGAACUGAUGAUGGAUUUCAUGGUGAACCAGCUCUUUGUGGAAAAUCUAUUGUUCAUGUAGCUAACCAAAUGAUGUCUACUAAGUUUAACAAACCACAAUCUUCUGUGACAUCGGUCGAAGAAGAAAUAAAUCUAAAUAAAGGAAGUAAAUCUUUACCAGCUACACCAUUGGCUUCACCGUUAACCACUCCAGAUAGUUCACCAAAAGCACGCAGAAAAGUUCAUUCAAAUCGAUAUUUUACUGGUGCCUUUAUUCCUGACCGAGAUAAAUAUCAAGGCAGCUGGAUAUUAGCUAGUAUAUUAGGUCAAUCACGAGAAAUUCUAACCUCAAGAAUAGAGGAAGAAGAGGACAGUGGCAUAGAUCUUGCUCCGCCUAAAACAUUAAACAGAAAAAAAUCUAUCUCCUCGCAAAAUCUUACAUAUAUUGGGAAAGAUGAAAAAACGCCAGGGAAAUCAUCAUCCCAAACAAAUAAUUUACAAGCAAGACCAUCGGAAUUAAGAGAAAUGAAUUUUUGGUCUCCUACAUCUAUGUAAACUUGAAUUUUACCCAGAAUCUUUUUUUGAUUACACAUUUAUAUACUAAUCGAUUAUAUAUAACAAUCAUUUUUCCAACAAAUAAAAAUUUCUCUCUUUGCGGAUUGAUAUUAUUGUAAAGACAAUUUGCUAUAGAAACAAUGCUAAUUAUGACCUUCAAAUAACAAUUCACAGUAUUUGAUUAACAGUAUGUUGCAAUAUUUGAUUCAAUUAUUAUUGAUAUUUUCUAACGUAUAUUCAUAAUAUCAUUCUUUAUUGGUUGCACAAAAUAUUUAUCAAUCAAUCAAUAUUAUUAAAAUAUCAUGUGAAAUAAUAUUGUCUCUUUUUACUCCUAUUAGAAAUAUAUUUCCUAUACAAUGCUUAGAAUUUAUUAAGUAAUGGGUAAAUAUAUUAUAGGAUACAUUUUUAUUUUAACCCUUUCAUUAUAUGCAGUAAAGUACAAUGUCGUUGACAAUUCAAUCAUAAAUGUAUACAAUAUCAUAGAAUAUAACAUCUAGUAUUUAGUCGUAUAUUAUACAAACGAUUCAUUUCUUUAUCAAGUUGUGUGAAAUCAAUAUAAAAUAAAUUAUAGAAAAUAUGAAUAUACGUCAAAAGAACGUUGAUUGCUAUAAAGAUAUCAAAAUAUGUUACGUUCAUCUAUAAUUCCUAACUCAUUGUCAGUCUGAAUUUUAUUGGCUGAUUAAUUAGUCAUUUUUAGUAAGGAAAGGGUUAAUGACCACAUAGAACCAAGUAGCUAUAUUUUACUUAUUCUUAUACACAAUUUAAUUUAUUUACUUUAUAAGAAACUAAGUAAUUAUAUAUAUAUAUAUUUGACUGGAAACUUAGACCAAUAAAGAAAGGUAAAAUUA